UUUAUGUGAGUAUAAAAGAUCUGAUAACAAAUCAAUUUACAUACUUUGUUUCUAUUGGGGGUUGUUCAAAAUUAUAAUACAGGGAAAUAUGGAGAGGAAUUGGAGAAGCUGCCUUUGCAUUAGCCUUUUAAGAAAGGUCUCAGAUAUCAUACAAAAAGCCAAGUAAAUCUGGUAAAUUUUAAGUAACCCAACGGUUUGUUUGUUUGAAAACAUUGCUGUGGUUACCCUUCAUGCCCUGUUUGUACGACCAUAGGAAUAUAGGUGUGUUCUUCAUGUUAGUUCACAUUUGGUAACUUAGCACCACAACAGUGCUAAUGAAGACAAGGUAUGUAUAGUUUCAACCAUAUUAUCAUUGGUGAUUACACUUCUUGCUUAAAAGAUUUGCUCUGGAUCUGCCAAUAUGUGGAGACUACCAGCCGACUGGUUUUCAUUAAGAUUUUCCUAAUGACCAUGUUUACACUUCUGUGUCUGCUCUGCAGAGCAGCUGUGCUCUUGCUAGUCCCCCAGCUGGGCCAGUGGAGGCACAGGGACUGGGGAGCACACCAUGGAGCACAGAUGUAUGGGGGUUUGGAUAUUGCUCUUUCUGGAGGUGCUGCAUCUUGGCUCUAAGAUACUGCUUCUUUUCUUGGAGGGGAUUUCCAAACUUUUCUUGUGUCAUUUGUGCUUGCAAGCUUAAAUCCUUGUUCCAGCUGCUGCUGAACUGAUUGAGAAAUGGUAGGCCACUUUCUCCUUGGGAAUUCUUGCACACUGUGUUCCGGUCAUUGUUUGCUCUACCUAUUUGUUUGGAGAGAAUGCCAGCGUGAGCUGUUUGGUGUUGCUUUCUGCUAAGAGGCAUCUGACUCAAGUGAGAGGCUUCAGGAUUUCUACGCUUUGUGGAUGUCUUUGCCAAGGGUUUCAUAUUUGGCUAAUGUAACUUCCUGAAGCCUUCAAGAGAAGGUGAUGGUGGUGGGAACUGCUCAUCCUGCUUUCUGGACAUACCAUGUAUGCAUGAAUUUUAAAGAAUAAGGAAGCAUCCGCACGUCAGGCAUAUUCAGAUCUAAUGGCACAGCAAAAUAGCACAGCUGAUGAGAAUAAAAAACUCUUGGGAAAGGUAAAAACACUUGAGGAGAUGUUGGAGAGUAUGAAGAAACAAAAAAUCCAAGUGGAACAGGAGCUCCCUAAAGUGAGAGAAGCUGCAGAAAAAGAGCGGAAGAAGCAGCAAAAGGAGAUGGAGGAGAUCUGUCUCCAGAAGACCAAAGCUGAGCAAGAGGCUAAGCAGUGUCGUAUAGAUCUAGAAAGCAUUGAGAGGGAGAAAGCAGAUGCAGAGCAGGAGUUGGAGUGUGUAAAGCAGUUCAUUUUUCAGGCAGAGACUCAAAGAAGUAUACUGGAAGAAAACCUCCGUGCUUUUCGAAAUCAAAUAGAAGAAAGUGUCUUUGCCAGAAGAAACCUUGAAGACCUUCUAAGAAGAAAAGAUACUAAUCUUCACGAUUUAGAGAAACAAAAAAACACCUUGAUGCAGGAGCUGAAGAAAAAAACAGAUGGAGAAGAGAAACUUAUGAAGCUCCUCAAGCAAAUGGAGCAAGAUCUUGACUUUAAAGGGAACCUAUCAGAAAUAAAACUGCAAGAAAGAGAAACAAGUGAAUCCAGAAGGAAGGUUGAAGGCACAUACUCUGUAACUAGAGAAACUUGCCUGCCAACUUUCACAGCUGGGCAAGGCAGCCAGUGUAGGAUUGAUUCUGAAAUUACGAGUUUCCAGAAGAAACUAGAAGCCAAAAAAGUAGAAGAGCUUAAACAAAAGAUAGAUGAAUUGACUCUUGCUAAGAAAAAAGCUGAUAAAACUAUUAAAGACCUGAAAUAUGAACUGAAUGAAACUGAACUUCAAAAAUCAUCAACAGAAGAAAAGUCUCGUUUAUUAAAAGAAAAACUAGAUCAAGUCAACAGUGAACUGAAAUGCCUAAAAAUUAAGUUGGAGGAAAAAGACCAAGUAGAGCAGGGAUAUUUGCAACAAUUGAAAGAACUGGACAGGCAGCUACAGAGAGCUACAGGUAAAGCUGAAGAGGUGAUGCAAGAAAAUAUGGAACUUAAAAAACUUAAGAUAAACUAUCAGGAGGACCUGAAGUCUGUUCAGCAAGAAAAGACACAGCUAAAAAGGGAAAUAGAGGAAUUAACCAGAUCACAUACAAAAACUGAAAUAACAAUCAAACAUUUAAAUUCACAAAUCAGUUCCCUUCAAAAAGAGAAGCUGGCAGCUGAACACAGAACACAGUCAUGUAAAGGAGAAGCAAAUAAUCUUCAAGACCAAUAUAAGAAAAUUAAAGAACAGUUGCUUCAAAAAACGAAAGUAGAGAAAGAAAACCAGCAUGAAAUUCAAAUGCUGAAGAAUGAAUUAACCAAAAGCAAUCAGGUGUCAGAAACAUUGAAAAAACAGAUAGAAGACCUUAAUAAAUGGAACACUGAAACAAAACUACUGAUGAAGCAAAUUCAAUCUGAAUCAGAGAAGAUGAGUUUGGAAAAAGAAAAUAUUCAGAGGAAAAAUGAUGCUUUGAAAGCCCUAGCAGAUGGUUUCAAAGAACAAUUGCGUACAACAAAUGAACAACUGCACAAACAAACAAUAAUUGAGCAAGAAUUCAUAUGUAAAAUCAAAAGCCUAGAAGUUGAUCUUGCAAAAACAAAAGACUUAGCUAGUGACUAUAAACAAAAAUGUGAUAAACAAAAUGCUUCCGCCCUUAGCAUUGACCGGGAGGUUAAAAAUUUAAAUGCUCAGAUGAAUGCUCUAACUGUGGAAAAGAGAAUGAGUGAGCAGAAGAUGGCACUACAGCAAGCUCAUAUACAAGAACUUAGUAGCAAAUUAAAGAAAUUGCAGGAUGAACUCCAUCAGAAGACUAUGGAUGAACAGAUGGCACGCAAGAAGAUGAUUCUAUUUCAGGAAGAAUCCAUUAAGUUUAAACACUCUGCAGAGGAAUUUAGGAAAAAAGUUGAAAAAUUACUGGAAUCCCAUAGCAUCACAGAAAAGGACAUAUCUGGUAUAAAACUAGAAUGUGUUGCUCUUCAGCAAGAAAAGCAUAUGGCUGAGGAAAACAUCAUGUUGUACAAGAGGCAAAUGGAAGAUCUGCAAGAAAGGCUCAAAAAAUGUCACGAACAGCUACAGCAAGGGAAGCAGGCUGAGAUGGACUAUCAUCAGAAGUGCAGGAAACUCGAGGAAGAAUUGGAAGCGCAGAAGCGCAUGGUUGAGAGCUUGAAACAGAAGAUGGAUCGGCAGAUCAGGGAGAGUGAACAUAGGUUUCUUUCAUUUCAGAAUGAAGUUCAACAAAAUAAUAAGCUCCAAGAUUCUGGAUUUAAAUUGAGCUGUGAGAGAAGAGGGAAUGAUUUCAAUUACCUGAGUGAGACUGCAGCUAAAGAGUUUGAGCAGCUUCCUCCACGUACCUCACCGUUGUUAAGGCAGAAACAGGAAAGAUCAGGUUUUAAAUCUGAUCAAAUAGAAGAAAAUACAUUGUAUGUGAGUGCUGAUGACACAAUACCAAGAGAGGUGCAGUUUCAGAUGUCAAGCAUAAACCAAUCAUUAGAAGAUUCAAGUUCCCAGUCUUUUACGGAGUUUGUUUCGCAGACGAGUACACAGUUCCAGAUAACUUUUGAUAAUGCAAGCCAAGUCUCUGGAACAUCUGAAAGGGACACACUGAGAAACAGGAACCUACACAGUUCCAGACAAACCAUUAGACAUGGAGAAGACACAAAACAUGAAUUAGGAGUGGUAAAACUGCAUCCCUUGGAGAUAGUGAAGAACAAGCAUUAUGACAUGCAUGUUGAAGUCACAACAUUAAACCAAGAAAAUGACAAGACUUUUGGUAAUGAAGAGAGAAUGUUUCAGGGAUACAAAACUUCAGAAGGGUUUAGGAAAGAAGACUUUGGAAAGAUGAGCUCUUUCUUAGGAGAAGAGGUUUUGAGAACUGUUGAUGAUGCUACUCAGCUGGAAUAUUUUACAGAGGAAUAUGAUGCUAUUAAAUUUCACGGUCUCCGACAUGAUGUAACUGCCAGGCAGUUGACUGAAGUUAAACUUUUAGACAGGCUCACUGUUGAGCAGCUCAUUUCAGGACAGAAAACUGUUGAUGAGGUUCAGAAAAGUCUUGAAAAAUUUUUAACUAAACCUACAGCUAUAGCUGGGCUGUACCUUGAAUCCAGCAAAGAGAUACUCUCUUUUGCUUUGGCAGCAAAGAGAAAAAUCAUGGGAAAAGCACUGGCCUUAGCAUUUUUAGAGGCCCAAGCAGCUACUGGUUUCAUUAUUGAUCCCACAACAGGUCAGAAAUUCUCUGUUGAUGAUUCAGUUGUUAGAGGGCUUGCAGAUAGUGAAUUCAAGAGUAGACUGCUUGAGGCAGAGAAAGCUGUUCUGGGUUAUUGUUAUUCUGGCAAAGUGCUGUCUGUAUUUCAAGCUGUGGAAGCUCAACUUUUAGAAAGACAAAAAGGUAAAAACAUCCUUGAGGCUCAAAUUGCAUGUGGGGGGGUUAUUGAUCCUGUAAGAAGUGUUCGUGUACCCCCAGAAGCUGCUGUGCAGCUUGGCUUGCUUAAUAACACAAUUUUAAAAUUUUUGCAUGAGCCUUCAAGUAAUGCAAAAUGUUUUCACAAUCCAAAUAACAGGAAAGCUAUGUACUACUGUGAUUUGCUGAAAAUGUGUUUGUUCAGUGUAAGCAGUAAAUGCUUUUUGCUUCCAGUUGGCGAAAGGAAAAUAAGCAGUCCAUCAGCAGAGAAAAGUCAUAAAACUUCUGUAAUAAAUGUUGAAACAGGAAGUGAAAUGACUUCAUAUGAGGCUUAUCAAAAAAAUUAUAUUGAUAAAGCUACAUAUCUUGAGCUUUCGAAACAGGAAUUUGAUUGGAAGGAGUCUACGUGUUUCGACUCUGAUGGAAAUUCUUUUAUUUUGCUUACAGAUCUUAAAACGGGUGUACAGUUUAAUAUUGAGGAGACCUUAAAUCAGGGUAGAAUUGACAGAGCAUUAGUCAACAAAUAUAAGGAGGGCCUCAUCACAGUUAAUGAGUUUGGUGAUAUUUUAGUUAGCAGUUCACAGCCAAAUAAAGAUUUAAACAGUCCUAUUGCAGGGUUCUGGCUUUCUGAAACCAAUGAAAGAAUUCCAGUCUUGAAAGCCUCACGCAAAAAUUUGGUAGACAGAGUUACUGCCCUCCGAUGUCUUGAAGCUCAGGUUAGUACAGGAGGUGUAAUUGAUCCAUUUACAGGGAAAAAGUACAGUGUUUCAGAGGCUUUGCAAAGGGAGUUAAUUGAUGAUGGCUGUGCCAAGCAAAUCCAGCAGUGUGAGCUGAUCUUUACUGGGAUCAUUCAUCCUGUAAGGAACACUGUUAUGUCAGCUGUUGAAGCCGUGCAUUUAAGUGCCAUAGACAAAGAAAUGGGCAUGCGCUGCCUGGAGUAUCAGUACUUGACUGGUGGCUUGAUAGAUCCAAAGUCUCAUUCCAGAUUAACAAUGGAAGAUGCAAUUAAGAAUGGUAUUAUUGAUGCUAUCACAGCUACAAAGAUGAAGGAUGAAAGAUUGCACAAUAAAGUUUUAACAUGCCCCAAAACUAAGAAGAAGAUAACCUACAAAGAAGCUUUAGAUAGAGCUGUUUUUGAUUGCCACACUGGGCUGCGGUUGUUAGAAGCUGCUCAGCCCAUGAAAACAGGAAUUUCCAGUCUUUACUAUAAUUCAUAGAGGACAAAAGAUACUAGUACUUAUUUUGGGCUCUGCUUUAAAACCUGUUAAAAUUAGGGAAAAAAUCUGUGAUGGACUUUAUGGAAAAUCAUAAGUGGCGUUUUCUAGCAUUAAUUAGUUGCUGUAAAAUUAAAUGUUACGAACAACUAAUUAGCACAAACCACUGAAGCUGGAAUUAGAUAUUACUUAUUGUAAAACUGAAAUUUAUAGAUAGGCAGAUUCAUAAUUUCAAAAUGCAAUCUAUGUGUUCAGUCUUUACCUGAAGGCCGUGUCUGUCAUUACUUUACAUGUAGGUAGUGUAAAUGAGAAAUUCUACUGAAGUUGAUGAAGUUAAUAUUAAUUCAAAGUGGGUAGAUUUAGGUGAGACAAGAAUCAUAUUCCUGCAAUAAGGUUGAGAGAGAUUGACCAUUUUGUGAGUGAACACAGUGUAGUAUUUCAUAUGACCUGUUACUUAUUUAAAAUUACAAAUCAGUCUGCAGAUACCAUUUGUUUUACAAGAGUGGCAACAAAAUAUGCAAGAAAUAAAUCUGCAGUGCAGUACACACACAUGCAUCAGUACUUUUUUCCACACUGAUAUUUCAUUAAUUUUAAGGGGCUGCUCACACCAGAAAGUUGUAUUUCUUGUCCUGAGUUUUUCCUCUAAUUUCCUGUUUUUUUUUUUUUCUUAGAAUUGUCUUCUGCUCUAAUAGGCAAAUGAAUUACAAUUGCAUAUCAAAUUUUAAAAAAAUCUAUUGAAAUAAAAUGUUUUCAUUUUUACUUAUGGUACAUGGAAGGGCUUGAGCAUGUUUUCUCAGUAUUGAUAAGUGUCCACCUAACAGAUUGUACUUAUAUGUAAAGGAGAAUAUUUCCUGUGCAGAAAAUGAUUAAAUGUCUCAGUAUUUUACUUUUAUUUUUUAUUUUUUCUGUAGACAUAAAAGCAAUGUGUUCUUCCUAAUUUUAAUUUGGUAAUCCAUGUGCAGAAUGUGCAAAAUACUGUUAUGCUAUACUGGUUGUACAUAUCCUUACCUGAGGGUAAUGCAAAGGCAGCAAUUCAAAGAUACUUUAUAUGCAAAUGCUUUUGAGAUUUUAUCUGCUGAGUAAUGGCUGGGGAGCUAUGCUUUUUCUUGCUAUCAAUCAUUUCAUAAUGAUUGUAUAUGUGUAUGAAUAAGCACAUUUAUCAUAAUUAAAAAUCACUUGAGGUAUUCUUUUGUUAUUGUUUAUAAUUAUGUGCCAUUUUUGUUCCUACAUCAAAGUGUCAUAGUAAUGCAUGUGGUGGUAAAUAAAAGAGAAAUAAUUUAAUGUUUAUGUGAUAAUAA